ACCAACACGACUGCUUUGUCUCGCUUUCAGAGCAGAGAAUGGGAAAGCCGACGGGACAUCGAUGGCAUCUACCACCCGCCGCACGCUGAGACGCCAUAAGAAGUCGCGGAAUGGGUGUCGUAACUGCAAGCUCCGCAGCGUGAAGUGCGAUGAGACCAAACCAGGCUGUCGACAAUGUAUCGCAUAUGGGGUGACGUGCAACUAUGACGAUGGGAAAUCAGACUUACAAGUCUCCACCGAGAAUGAGAUCGUUUUCAAGCUUCCCCCGAGUGUGUCUUACUGGCCGAAUCAGAAGGAACAGAUCCUGGACAAGUUCCAGAUGCGUACAGCGCUUACCAUCAGCGCAGGGAGGCGUUUGCAGGUCUUCCAGAAGGAGAUCGUUGCACUUGCUCGGACGAAUCCAAUUCUGAUGGACGCAAUCUCGACCCUGACGCUUAUGCAUGAGCGCUACCUGACUGGAGUGUCUAGCACAAGACUCUCCACUUCGGAGGCGUAUCAUUGGUACCGCGCCCUGUCGGCAUUCAACAGUCGGCUGUUGCUGCCUCUCCGCCGCGAGGAAUACAUCCCCCUCUGGACGGUAGCCACCAUUUUCUCCAUCAUAGUCUACACCUAUCCGAACGCCGAUACCCCCGAGCAAGCGUGGCCUCUGCGUGCCGCGUCCACGUCCGACCUCGACUGGCUGUUGAUGAAUACUGGGAAACACGAGGUCCACAAACUCGCUGGGAACGAGUGGGAUGCCGACCCGGUGUUCCAGAUCCUGUCCUUCCAGCACGAGGAUGAGCUGCUCCCGCAGUCGCCGGCAAAGGUCGACUUUGAAUCAAUCCCGAAAUGGUUCUCUCGGGUCUUCCACCUUGACGGGGAUUCGGAUAGCAGGCGAAAUCCCUACCAUACCGCCGCGAUCGAGCUGGCUGAGGUGCUCGACCGCAACUGUCCGGUGAUCACGACAAUCCUAAGCUUUGCCGCGUUCCGGAUGAACAUAAGCCACGAGCUUCAGCAACUGCUGCUACGCAAAGACCCGCGCGCCCUGCUCCUUUUGGCGUGUUGGUACGCCAAGGUCUGUAAUAUUGGAGUCUGGUGGCUUACGCCCCGGGCGGUCCUGGAGGGGCAGGCGAUCUGUCGGUAUCUGGAAGAGCAGCAUGGAUACGAUAUGGACAUCCAGCUUGUUCUACAGUUCCCCAAGAGUAUUCUCUUUUCCUCGGUUUAUUAAGCAUCUGGCUAGCAUAAAACUAGUAACGAAUGAGAAAGUCUUAUCUACUUUUGGC